GUAGUGGCCUGGCUCGGAACAGUCUCGCGGAGAGCGGAAUUCUUAUUCCGUUGUUAAACAAGCUGUCCUCAGGUGUGCGACCACGGUGUCCACGUUCACGUCCGAUGACUGCAUCGAAAUUAGCUGCGAUGCAACGAGAAUCCUCUCCACAAUUCAGACCUUGGGGUAGGCCUUGCGGAGCUGCUGGAGAGACCACUACAACAAACGGAGUAGAUGCCAGCACAAGACCGAGCGCUCGAGCUGAAGAUGUUCUUGAUCUUGAGCAAGUCUUUCCACAAAAAAUGCAGGUUCGUCCUGCGGCAAACAUGCGAAC